AUGGCUGCUCGUCCCUCUCGCUCCUACGCCGCAUCUGUGGCAUUUAUCUUAUUCGCUGUUAUCGCUGCGAUAUGCCUUGUCCCUGUUGCUCGUGCAAACGACGACAAAAAUUACGGAACUGUCAUCGGUAUUGAUUUGGGAACUACUUACUCUUGCGUUGGUGUACACCGUGGUGGACGCGUCGAAAUCAUUGCCAAUGACCAGGGCAACCGUAUUACUCCUUCUUGGGUCCAAUUUGGUGACGAUGAGCGACUUAUCGGAGACGCCGCCAAGGCCGCAUUCCACACUUCUCCUUCUCAAACUGUCUUUGACGCCAAACGUCUCAUUGGUCGCAAGUACGACGAUCCCGAGCUCAAGCGCGAUAUGAAGCACUGGCCUUUCAAAAUCGUCAACAAGGGUGGAAAGCCAAUGAUCCAGGUCAAGAACAAGUCUGAGCUCAAGGAUUUCACCCCUGAAGAAAUCUCUGCCAUGGUCUUGACAAAGAUGAAGGAGACCGCUGAGGCUUACCUCGGCAAGAAGGUCACCCAUGCUGUUGUCACUGUUCCCGCCUACUUCAACGACGCCCAGCGCCAGGCUACCAAGGAUGCCGGUACUAUCGCCGGACUUACUGUCCUCCGUAUCGUCAACGAGCCUACCGCUGCCGCCAUCGCCUACGGUCUUGACAAGAAGGGGGGUGAAACUCAAAUCAUCGUCUAUGAUCUUGGAGGCGGAACUUUCGAUGUUUCCCUUCUUUCUAUCGACGACGGUGUCUUUGAGGUCUUGGCUACUGCUGGUGACACCCACCUUGGUGGCGAAGAUUUUGAUAACCGUGUCAUUGAACACUUCAUCCGCGAGUACAAGAAGAAGACUGGUACCGACGUCACCAAGAACCAGCGCGCUGUUUCCAAACUCAAGAAGGAAGUCGAAAAGGCCAAGCGUACUCUCUCUAGCCAAAUGUCUACCAAGCUCGAGAUCGAAUCCUUCGAGAACGGCAACGAUUUCUCUGAGACUUUGACUCGCUCCAAGUUCGAAGAGCUCAACAUCGACCUCUUCCGCAAGACUAUGAAGCCCGUUGAACAAGUUCUCAAGGAUGCUGGCGUCAAGAAGGAGGACGUUUCUGAUAUUGUCCUCGUUGGUGGUUCGACUCGUAUCCCUAAGGUCCAACAGCUCAUCAAGGAGUACUUCGGAAAGGAGCCAUCCAAGGGUAUCAACCCUGAUGAGGCCGUCGCCUACGGUGCUGCCAUCCAAGGUGGUAUCUUGUCCGGUGAGGAAGGCGUUGAAGACGUCGUCCUCAUCGAUGUCUGCCCCUUGACCCUCGGUAUCGAGACCACUGGUGGUGUCUUCACCAAGCUCAUCCCCCGUAAUACUGUCGUCCCCACCAAGAAGUCUCAGAUCUUCUCUACCGCCGCCGACAACCAGCCCACUGUCUUGAUUCAGGUCUUUGAGGGUGAACGUUCGUUGACCAAGGACAACAACCUGCUCGGCAAGUUCGAGCUCUCUGGUAUUCCUCCCGCCCAACGCGGUGUUCCUCAGAUCGAGGUCACCUUCGAGAUCGAUGCCAACGGUAUCCUCAAGGUCGGCGCCGCUGACAAGGGAACUGGCAAGUCCGAAUCUAUCACCAUUACCAAUGAGAAGGGUCGCCUCUCUCAAGAGGAAAUUGACCGCAUGGUCCGUGAAGCCGAGGAGUUCGCGUCUGAGGACGAGGCCCAACGCAAGCGUAUCGAAGCUCUCAACGGCCUCCAGAACUUUGUCUGGGGUCUCAAGUCUCAGCUCGGUGACCAGGAAGGUCUCGGUGGCAAGAUCUCUGACGAGGACAAGAAGACCAUUCUUGCCACCGUCAAGGAGACCACCGACUGGAUUGAGGAGAAUGGCCAGACUGCCACUUCUGAGGACCUCGAGGAGAAACUCCAGGAAGUCCAGGCCGUUGUCAACCCCAUCACCGGUAAACUCUAUGGCUCCGGUUCUGGGUCGAGCGAAGGAUCGAGCUCGCAUGAUGAGCUCUAG